AGACAGAGAGAGAGGAAAGGCGUCCCCAGGACCUGGAGCAACCACAAGGGCAACAACACACACACACACACACACACAGGGGGCUGGGUUCCAGGAGGAGACGAAGGAGAAGAAGAAACUGAGGAGGCAAAGGCUUUCCUCCAAAAUGGUCACCUGGGCACCAGGCUUGUAAAAAGAACAGAAAUACUACUACGCUCCUACCACUGCUAUUAUUAUUAUUAUUAUUAUCCUCAUCCUCAUCCUCGUUUCGGUGAAGAAGAUGCCUUUCCGAGGUGGAGCCCUGCGGGGCAAAAGCAUCGCCCUGAUGGUCUUCCUGGAGUAUAUCCUUUCUGGAGCAGAUUCAAUGACACUACGAGCCUUCCGUUGUGAUGGGCAUUCCUGCAAUCCUGCCGUGGGGAAUCUAGCAACAGGCAGGACACCAGUCACACUGACCAUGUGUGGACAGAACAGCACAGAACUUUACUGCUUUUACCCUGACCACCACCUCCUUCAUCCAGCCUCCCAAGGUUGUGGGCAGCCCAGGUGCACGAAGUGUAAUGCCAACCAGCCUGAUAAUUCUCACCUCCCUUACGCCAUGACUGAUGACUUCUUUCUAAACCCUAUGUCUUGGUGGCAGUCUGCACAAGGAGUACACCGGGAAGAAAUCAGGCUGGAUUUGGAAACUGAAUUCUAUCUAACCCAUGUCAUUGUAGUGUUCAAGUCUCCUCGACCAGCAGCCAUGGUGCUGGAAAGAUCCCAAGACUACGGGCAGACAUGGAGGCCUUAUAAAUACUUUUCUGCCAACUGCACAGCCACCUUUGGGCUCCCAGAUGACACCACCGAAGAUGGUGCUCUUUGUACUUCUAGGUAUUCGGAUGUGGUGCCUUGCACCAGAGGUGAGGUGAUUUUUCGUGCCUUAACACCUACCAACAAAAUUGAAGACCCAUACAGUCCUGAAGCGCAAGAUCUUUUGAAGCUCACCAAUUUGCGGAUCUUGCUAUUAAAGAGGCAGGAGUGUCCCUGCCAAGGCUCAGGGCUGCUGGAGAAACCCCACCGGUUUGCCCACUAUGCCAUCUAUGACCUAAUUGUCCGGGGCAGCUGCUUUUGUAAUGGCCAUGCAGAAGAAUGUCAGCUUCCCAAUGGGACAGGUGUUGUUGACAAUGUGGUCCAUGGGAGGUGUGUGUGCAGACACAACACUGCAGGACACCAUUGUGAGAGAUGUGCACCAUUAUACAACGACCAGCCAUGGGAGCCAGGCGAUGGAAAAACAGGGGCACCCAAUGAAUGCAGAAAGUGCCGCUGUCACAAUCAUACUGAUAGCUGCCAUUUUGACCAAAAUGUCUGGCUGGCAUCAGGAAAGAAGAGUGGAGGUGUCUGUGACAACUGCAAGCACAACACAGAGGGCCACCGGUGUCAACGAUGCAAACCUGGGUUUUACAGAGACAGAGGGAAACCCAUGUCUUCUCCACAGAUUUGCAAACCCUGCUCUUGUCAUCCCAUGGGCUCAGUGAGUGCCACCUUCAACCAGAGCUGGAAAUGCCAUCCAAAGACAGGAUUCUGUUACUGCAAGGCUGGUGUUGCAGGCCCAAAAUGUGACAGAUGUCUCUUAGGAUACUGGGGCUUUGGAGAAAAUGGCUGUCAACCUUGUGACUGUGCUAGGGAUUGUAACAAGCAGACUGGAGAGUGUCUCAGCAGUUAUGACAAUCAGGCUUUUUUCAAUAUUCCAAUUGGUGGGAGAAUCCCUGACCUCAUUCAAACACCAGCCAAUGAAAGUGAUGAUGAGUGGCAAUGGAAUGACCAUGAACAGGGAUUUUCUGCACUAAGACAUCCAGAAAAAUGUGUAUGCAAAGAGAGGAUACUAGGAAGUGCCAGCAAUUUCUGCCAGAUGAAAUAUGCUUAUGUGAUAAAAGCAAAGAUCCUCUCAGCUCAUGACAAAGGAACUCAUGCCGAAGUAAUUGUGAAGGUGAAAAAGGUUCUGAAGUCAGGCAAAGUGAAAAUCACAAGGAGUAACCGGAGCAUCUAUCCAGAGUCUUGGACCAAUAGGGGGUGUACAUGCCCUAUUCUAAACCCUGGCAUAGACUACCUGAUAGCAGGACAGGAAGAUACACGGACCAACAAACUCCUUGUGAAUAUGAACAGCUUGGUGAAGCCCUGGAAAGCUCACUGGGGAAAAAUCGUAGCUGACAUGCUUCGAACUGGAUGCAAAUAGUAUCUUCUUUCAAAGUGAAAGCCAUGAACUUUACAUGCUAGUACUGUUGCAGUGAAAAGCCUAGUUAGUUUUCUUACUGUCAAUCAAAACAUUUCUAAGGGGAAUUUAAAAACAAGGCUCACUUUGUCCCCUCCCACUACAGGCUUUAGAAGAAAAUUUGUGCCAUUUCUUUUUUUCAAGAGAACAAUCCUCAUCUCAUCCAUACAGAAAAACCUUCAGGACUUAACUGACUCUGUACACCUAUAACUCACAGCUCAGCUGAUAGCAUCCCUCCAUGGUUCUCCAGAGCUUUCACAUAAACAUACACACAAAUACCCACCAUGUACAUGGGCUACAAACUGACUUGGCUUCAUCCAUGAACCAACCUGAUAUGACUAAACAUGCAAUUGCUGCAGUGAAACAUUCAGUUUUGUGAGGCUGCUCUUUUGAAGUGGUCCUGAGGGAUGAAUUACAAGGUUGCCAAAUUGCAAGAGUAAGAAUUACUCACAGGUUGGGCUUAUCAUGGCACUCUUGCUUAAUCUAGCCGUCCUUUCCCUUUUCAAGCUCACUAUGCAAACUACAGUUGAAAUUAUACAGCCCUUUGGGUUCCUAGAGUGUAUUAUGACCCAUUGGUGUUUGCACUGGAACUGAAAGAUUCUGUAGAUAUAUUUAUGUCUAUGCUUGUAUUUUGCCAGGGAAACAGGCAGAGCCUGUGAGUAUAGGGAAGGAUAAGAGGGUCCCCAGCACUUAGGCCUCCAAGGUUUCUGUGAUGUGGAGGAUAUAGAUAGGAUCUGAUCCUGCAGGCAGGAAUUUCCAGGGAUUUCUCUUUGCUUUUCUACACAGCAUUUGGGAAAAAGGAGGUGGCUAGAUAUGUUUGUGGUGGGAGAAGGCUGGUUGCAUUAGAGCCCGUGGAUUGGCCUUCUGUGGGGCCCAGUUCUCUCAAGGCAUAUGCUGGCUCAACAAUUCUUCUGCCUAUACAGGUGAGUCUACUUGCACUCUUCAGGGAUCUGCUCACUGAUUGCCUUUCCAUUGUCAGUCGUUGGACCACCCAACUUUCUGGAAGAUUGCUACUGUAAAGAACUAUUGGGGCCAGUGGCAUUUACUUUGCAAGGGGAAAAGGCUCUAUCAACAUGCAAUUUGGUGGUUGUCAACUGGAACCUGGCUUGAUUUGGGGUUGGUGCAUUCAAAGAAGUCAUGAUGUGGCAAAAGGGAUGUAUUGGACUGUCGAUUCAAGGAAAAAUUUUGUAGGGGUAGUCAACAGCAACUCUGGUAUUUUUGGACUGCAACUUCUAUGAUCUUACCAAUGACUCUACUGGCUAAACCUAAUGGGAAUUGCAAUCAGAUAUCUGAAGGGCCACAACUGGGCUAGCCAUAUGGUUAAUCAACUUCUCUUUCCAAUGUGUUCUGAUUCUUAAAUUCUGUUCUAUUAAUAUUUCAUGUGAAGAUAUUUACAGAGCCACUUUCAGGCUUGUGCCUGCUUUCAGUUGGUUGCAUGCUGUCCUGCUUCAGGUGUGUGGAUUUGGUCUAAAGAAGUCUUCAGAGCAAGACUUUCCAAAGUGUUCAAACUAGGGUCAGAUAAAUCUUCCUGAGGUUUAAUGUUCUCUGCUGGCCAACACCCUGCAUAUAGAGAGCAGGGCCACAAAGUCUGAGGUGUAGAUCUUCUAGCACAAAAUGUUAUUCAAUUGAUUACUGAGUCAGUACAGGCAGGUAGCUAUGUCAGCCUCUUGCACUGCCUGGGUGCUAUACAGCUUGCUGAUCAGUCAGAUCUGCUCUACAGAAAAAUUGGAGAGGCAAAUGGCCUCCUAGCAACUCUUCAUGCUUUGUUAUGUGAUAAUGCAGAGGAAAGCUAUGAUUAAAAAUGUUCUUUUCUAUGUGGUCUUUACCAAGCCCAACUUUUCCAGUAAGACCGCCAGAUGCAGCGUGAAUCACUAUUUAUGUGGAGACUUGGGCUAUGAGCAUGCAUGGACAAUCACUGGGAUUUAAGAUUUUUCCUCCAUGGCUCAAGCUCUGCAUACCCCACAUCUUACCUCUGCUCUGCAGUACAGCUGGCAGCCAUGCUAUUCUGUAACGGUGUCAACUAGUAGACUGUCCCUUUAAAAAAAAAAUUAUUACAAGCACAUUUAGUCCUUUACUCGUUUUUUUUCCUUAAGGGAAUCAUUUUUUAAACCCAUUGUAAAUAUAAUCUGUCAAGUUUAUAUUAUGGACAGUUUCUAUUGUGAACUUCCCCUUGAGUCUUGCAGCAAGUUAAUAAAGGUGAAGGCUUGGCUUGAAUGAGCACCCAUUUACAGAAACCAUUCACAGUACUUUCAUUUAAAUAGCAUCUUUUUCUUAUGGUAAGGUGGGCAACUGUCAGAUGUUUUUAGACUGCAGCUCCCUUAAUCCCUCAUCAUUGACUGU